AUGGCCGCCUUCCAACACUACGCCAAGGCCCAGUCGACCUUCCAAAUCCCCCUUCUCGCGGGCGACAACGCCUACCUCGGCGACGUCUUCUCCAGCGACGAGACGAGCCCCGAAAAGCCCGUCUCCUCCGGCCUGUUCCGCCUCACCAAGGGCGAGCCGCUCACGUACACGUACAAGUACGACGAGAUGAAGAUCAUCCUCGAGGGCGACUACACGAUAUCCGACGAGACGGGCCAGAAGGUCGAGGCCAAGCCCGGCGACGUCUUCUACUUCCCUAAGGGGUCGACCAUCACCUUUACAACAACCGACUACGGCCUGGCAUUCUACGUCGGCCAGCGGAAGAAGAGUGAUUUUUGA